AGCGCAGAGCUUGACACAGAAAUCAGAAACUAUGAAGCUACUGCCAGAAAAUGUCAAGGUGCUUUAUUUUGCCAGUGACUGCGUGGAGCCGUAUGUUGAGAUUAUCACAGUAAAGGACUUCAAGUGGCGUCGGAGUCUGUGUAGCUCGAGGGAUUAUGAAACAAAAGAGACUGAGUACCAGGAGGAGGUCGAAGAUGUUCUCCCUGUCUUGAACAACCACAGCCAGCUGCUGGAUAACCGACACCUGGAGCGAAUUGCUGCCCACAUGCCAGCAAAGACCCAGGGCUAUCCAUGGCAACUAGUCUACAGCACAGCUGUUCACGGGAGCAGCCUGAAGACUCUGUACAGGAAUAUGGCUGGCCUAGACAGCCCUGUGCUGCUGGUCAUCAAAGACAUGCACAAAAAGGUGUUUGGGGCUUUUUCUUCUGAUCCAUUCAAAGUCAGUAAAUACUGCUACGGCACAGGAGAAACCUUCCUGUUCACCUUCAACCCUGACUUCCAGGCAUAUAGGUGGAGCGGUGAGAACUCCUACUUUGUGAGUGGAAACCUGGAAUCUCUGCAGAUUGGUGGAGGAGGGGGCGGAUUUGGCCUGUGGCUGGAUGCUGAUCUGUACCGUGGCUCAAGCUUCUCCUGUCCCACAUUCCAAAACAAGUCUCUCUCCACACAAGAGGACUUCAGUGUACUAGACCUCGAAGUCUGGACUGUGCAGAACUGAGGGCAGAACAUCUGAACAGACGAGCUAAAGUAGAACCUACUAUCCUGUCUGGAGUUACAAAACAUCAAGACUUCAAGGGGUAUGUGUGGUUUUAGCCACUACAAAGUCUGAUAGAGUAGCUGCUAUCGUCUAUGCACCUGAUCCAGAUAAACCCACAUCCAGUAGCAGAAUCCUGCUCUAGCAGUUCUUGGGUUGGACUUUCCGUUUAUGCUGGUUUGAUCUGUGCCUAUAAAAGACAACUGAUCAAAUGAAAGCGUCAGGGUCCUGCUGCAUUAAACUACUGGCUAUCCAUCAGUAGCACUAUGCUAAGACCAGUUAAUAACUGGACUCUGAUGCUUUAAGCACUCCAUACCAACUCUGUUGUGGAGAGCAUUAUAAUGCAAAGUUCACAGUAACACUGUUGACUAAAAAGAUUGUAACUAUUGUAAGCACAUUCAGGAUUUAAGGAAAAUAUUUUCCAAUUUCUGUCUAACAGCCAUGUAUAUUUAAGAAAAUGUUUUUUUACAGUAUGUAUCUCUGUGUGUAAGUGUGCAUGAUAGGGAUGAAACAUACUUGGCACAUAAAGGGCAUUUAUGGUAAAACCACUGUAACAUUAUCGGACCCACAAUGACCUAUCUGGAUUCUAAUUGUGCUUGUUUUUUUCUAACAUGAGGUCUGGUUUUAAUUUUCUCCAUUUGAAAACUACUGCAGCACAUGAAGACCUUUCCACUCAGGUUGAAAAACAGAAGUGUAGAGCUGCACUGUAAACAAUGUAUGAUAUUUUAUGUGUGUGGUUUGUGGAAGAAGAGACCUCAACUGUUAACUGUCACUUCUAUUUUUGGAAAGUGAUCGAGACACCUGCCUGCGUAUUUGCACAAAUAGGAAAUAUUAAGGAAAUUACUUUUACCAUCUAUAUACAUCUAAAUGUAUGUUUAAGAAAAUCUUAACAGGAAAGCAAAGCCAAUGUUAUUGUUGUUUGUUUCACUUUUUGUUUGUUUGUGUGUAUAUCAGUGUCUGCCAGGCGGUGCUGGCACUGCCAAUGCUGUUUUGUGGAACCACAUUAGAACGUUGUCUUUCCUGGUGACAGACAAUAUUUUCAGAGCAAUCAUAUUUUAUUAUAAAUAAACCAUUAAAACAACAUCCCCUUUUCCACUGA